GCUAAUUGUCAAACAUUAUUGAAUGUGAGACCCAUUGGUGUUUGCGUUCAUUCAGAUAUCAAUUGAUUUUGUGUGUGAUUUUGAAAACACAGACUUCUUUGUGGACACAAAUGGCCAACAAAUUUGCCGAUUUUCUCAACCGUUUUGGUCGAAACCCUUCCGGCCUUAACCUCGGCGUCAAACUCUUGGUGGCGGCCGGAGGUCUCGGAUAUGCGGCCACACAAUCAGUUUACACCGUGGACGGCGGACACCGAGCCAUUAUCUUCAGCCGUAUCGGUGGUAUCCAAGAGGGCGUGUACUCCGAAGGACUGCACUUUCGUAUCCCGUGGUUUCAGUGGCCAAUCAUAUACGACAUCCGUUCGCGUCCGCGGAAGAUCUCGUCGCCCACCGGAAGCAAAGAUCUGCAAAUGGUUAACAUAACGCUGCGAGUGUUGGCCCGACCGGACGCCGCGUCUUUGCCACACAUUUACCGCGUUUUGGGCGUCGAUUACGACGAAAGAGUUUUGCCAUCGAUUUGUAACGAAGUGCUGAAGAGUGUUGUGGCGAAGUUCAACGCCUCGCAGCUGAUCACUCAGCGACAACAGGUCUCGCUUUUGGUGCGCAAAGAGCUCAUCGAAAGGGCGCAAGACUUCAAUCUGAUUCUGGACGACGUGUCUCUCACUGAACUCAGUUUCAGCAAAGAGUAUUCGGCGGCCGUUGAGUCGAAACAAGUGGCACAACAGGAGGCCCAGAGGGCGGCCUUCACUGUGGAACAGGCGAAACAAGAGAGACAGCAGAAGAUCGUUCAGGCGGAGGGAGAGGCAGAGGCCGCCAAAAUGAUAUCCUUUUUAUUAACCAUUUAUUCAAUUGAUUGUCUCAUUUGCCAAACGAUGAGUUUUGUGGCCAAAGCUGUCGAUCCUAUGAUUGAUUGCUUUUGCAAUGAUUUUAUGUCUGGAAUCUUAACUAUCGUUCAAUACCGCGACGCCAUCUCUAAAAACCCGGGUUAUCUCAAACUGAGAAAAAUAAGAGCCGCUCAACAGAUCUCUAAAACGACUAUCGUUCAAUACCGCGAUGCCAUCUCUAAAAACCCGGGUUAUCUCAAACUGAGAAAAAUAAGAGCCGCUCAACAGAUCUCUAAAACGAUCGCUCAGUCCCAGAAUCGAGUCUAUCUGAACGCCAGUUCCCUUAUGUUGAAUAUUGCGGACAAAGAGUUCGACAUUCUUACUGAAACGCUCCUUAAAGGAAGGAAAUAAUUAUAACCAUAAUUAAGAAGUG